CCUGUGUUAGUAUAUAAGGCUCCAUAGUGUCAAAAUGUACAUGUCAGUCUUGGCGUAGGCUCUUGGCUCUUCUCCUGACCAACCCCAAAAACUCCACAUAACCUCAAGAGAUGGCACCCAAAAAGGCCAAGAGGAGGCAGCAGGGAGAGGGUGGCAGCUCCAAUGUGUUCUCCAUGUUUGAGCAGAGCCAAAUCCAGGAGUACAAGGAGGCCUUCACCAUCAUCGACCAGAACAGGGACGGCAUCAUCAGCAAAGACGAUCUGAGGGACGUGCUGGCCUCCAUGGGUCAGUUGAAUGUGAAGAAUGAGGAGCUGGAGGCCAUGAUCAAGGAGGCCAGUGGUCCAAUCAACUUCACCGUCUUCCUCACCAUGUUUGGCGAAAAGCUGAAGGGUGCUGAUCCCGAGGACGUCAUUGUUAGCGCUUUCAAAGUCCUGGACCCUGAGGGCACUGGCUCCAUCAAGAAGGAGUUCCUUGAGGAGCUUCUGACCACCCAGUGCGACAGGUUCAGUGCUGAGGAGAUGAAAAACCUGUGGGCCGCCUUCCCUCCAGAUGUGGCUGGCAAUGUUGACUACAAGAACAUCUGCUACGUCAUCACACACGGAGAGGAAAAGGAGGAGGAGUAACCUCAUUUCCAUCUAC